AUGUUCGUCUCAUCUUUUCUCACGCCCGUUUUCGCUCUCGCCCUGGCUCGUUUAGUUGGAGGACAACUUCUGAAAAGAGAUAGUCCGCAGCCGUUUGGGUUCUUCGACAACAACGUUAUCUACCAGCCCGAAGAUGGGAAAUCGGCCUUGUAUCCUCGCUUUGUCGAACUGGAAGAUGGCACACUUCUGGUUACAUCUUCAUUGAGUGGCUACUCAGCUUCAUUUUUUCCUGUUUUCGAGAGCAAAGAUGGCGGUGCAAGUUGGUCUUGGAUUUCCAACAUAACCGACCAGGUCAACGGUUGGGGUCUCAGCGCUCAGCCUGCAUUAGCUGAAUUGACAGAGCCUCUCGGUGGCUACCCAGCUGGCACAAUUCUGGCUACAGGAAACAGUUGGUCAGAAAAUGGCACUCGCUUCGAUAUCUACGCCAGCACCGAUGGAGCAAAGACUUGGGAAUUUGUGAGCCUCGCGGCUGAGGGGGGCAGGCCGAACACCACCAAUGGAGCAGAUCCCGUGUGGGAGCCGUACUUGCUCAUCUACAACAAUUCUCUCGUUUGCUACUACAGCGAUCAGCGUGACCCGUUGCACGGUCAGAAGUUGGCACACCAAAGGUCUUUCGACUUGCGACACUGGGAACCUGUUGUCAAUGAUGUAGCAUACGCCGAAUAUGCUCGACGCCCUGGAAUGACGGUGGUGACGUACGUGCAGCCAAUCGACAGCUGGGUGCUGGUGUACGAGUUCCCAGGAGCUCCGAAUAUUACUGGCGCCGAGUAUCCCGUCUACUACCGCAUCGCACGCAGCCCACUUGAGUUUGAUGCCGCGCCACACCACCUUCUUGACACGCGGCGCUUUGGCUCAGCUGCGGCGGCCAGCGCAUCUCCGUACGUAACUUGGUCGCCCGAACCGGCGCCCAACGGUACCAUCAUCGUCUCCGACGCCGAUCAUUCAGCAGUCUUCACGAAUACGGCGCUCGGCGAUGGGGGAUCUUGGCAGGUCAACAACGUGUCACAGCCGAGCUCAUACAGCCGCGCAGUGCACGUGUUCCAGAAACAGCCUGAUAGACUCAUGAUCCUAGGGGCUUCUGUCUUCAACCAGCAACCAGGCGUCAAAUAUCCGCUUAGCCUUAGUGUCGUCAGUUUGAACAAGACACUCCGGAACUCUUGGCCGCUUACUGAAUGA